AUGGACGCCCCCAAGCCCCCGAUGACCGCCACCACUCAGCCCCAGGCUGUCCAGAUGAGCGUGAUGAACCCGCCCGCACGUCAGGAGCAGGCGCAGGAGUGCCAACGCAAGCGUGGGCUCGCAGCCCGCCUCCGCGGUGGAGGUGCCGGCAGGGACUGCUUCCUCGGCCUGAUCGAGUGUUUCCUCUGUUUCGAGUGCUGCAAGGACUGCUGCGAGUGCUGCGCCGACAUCAUCUGCUGCCCGUGCGAGAUGUGCUGCUGA